CCGAACCUGUUUAGGAAGGCAAUGCAAUAUCGACAUGAAGGCAGUCCUAGCUAGUCAGUUUGGAAGAAGUAGUAAUCUAUUAGUGUAGCCUCAACUUUUACUCUGGGUGCUCCCAUCAGAGCUCUCCUUGAUGAUCCACAUUCUGCUAAUUUGUCUCACUAUUAAGAAGGAAGAAUGAUUUUAUGAACCAAGCAGUCAGUCACAGGAAUGCUGCAUGCUGGGAUAGGUCCCCUUGUGCACAGCAAGCCCUCUGAAACCAAGAUGGCAGAGAUUAUUUUAUGGAAAACACCGAGUGGAACAGGCCCGAAAUGAAACACCUGCUCCCAGCCAAAGCCAGAAAACAACCCGGAACGCACCUGCAGCAAUAACAAGUAUUGGCGAAUUCGUGUUGAGAGGGACUUGCACACCCACAGAAUACACACGCUCACGCACAACUGAGAGAGAAAGUCUCGUAUGAAUUCCGCCGAGAAGCAGGACUGUGAGUGUGCGCCACCACAGGCCGAAUCCAACCCCGCAGGAGCUAUAGACAGAUCACUAGAGGAGUCUGACGCUGAAAACCCUCAAGCAGGCCGAAUGAAGCGAGCGGCUGCAAAGCAUCUAAUAGAGCGCUACUACCACCAGCUAACCGAGGGCUGCGGCAGCGAGUCCUGCACGAAUGAGUUCUGUGCGUCCCGGGCCGGCUUCCGUCGCAUGGAUAACAACGCGGCCGCCGUCAAGGCCCUCGAGCUCUAUAAGAUUAACACCAAACUCUGUGAUCCCCACCCCUCUAAGAAAGGAGCCGGCUCCGCUUACCUAGAGAACAGCGCCGCGGGACCCCGCCGCAACUCGGCCUGCAGCGACAGGGAGAUGAGCCGCAAGGACCCGCACCCCGCCCGGGACGACUUCAAAGAUCUGAAUUUCCUGACAGAGGAGAAGGUGUAUGAGAUUCUGGACAUGUGCGGGGAGAAGGAGGACUACUCCCCUCUGAUCCGCGUGAUUGGUCGGGUCUUCUCCAGCGCCGAGGGCCUGGUCCAGAGCUUCCGGAAGGCCAAGCAGCACACCAAGGAGGAGCUCAAGUCCCUCCAGGCCAAGGACGAGGACAAGGACGAGGACGAGAAGGAGAAGGCCGCUGACUCCGCCACCGCCAUGGAGGAGGAUUCCGAGGCCUCCUCCUCCAGGACAGCAGAGGGCGCCACACAGGGGGACAACAACGUCCCAAAGCUGGGGCCCGACGAGGUGUCGGUGGACGUGGAGGCGGUGCGGAGGGUCUACGACAAACUGCUGUCCAACGAGAAGGUGGAGGCCGCCUUCCUCAACGCGCUGGUGUACCUGUCGCCCAACGUGGAGUGCGACCUGACCUACCACAACGUGUACUCGCGGGACCCCAACUACCUGAACCUGUUCGUCAUCGUCAUGGAGAACAGCAACCUGCACAGCCCCGAGUACCUGGAGAUCGCCCUGCCGCUGUUCUGCAAGGCCAUGAGCAAGCUGCCGCUGCCGGCGCUGGCCAAGCUGGCGCGCCUGUGGUCGCGCUACAGCGCCGAGCAGGUGCGCCGCAUGACCGAGACCUUCCAGCAGCUCAUCACCUACAAGGUGAUCAGCAACGAGUUCAGCGGCCGCAACCUGGUCAACGACGACGACGCCGUGGUGGCGGCCACCCGGUGCCUGAAAAUCGUCUACUAUGCAAACGUCCUGGGCGGGGACCUGGACACGGAGCACAACGAGGAGGAGGACGAGGAGCCCAUCCCGGAGUCCAGCGAGCUGACGCUGCAGGAGCUGCUCGGGGAGGAGCGGCGGAACAAGAAGGGCCCCCGCGUGGACCCGCUGGAGACGGAGCUGGGCGUCAAGACCACCGACUGCCGGCGGCCGCUCAUCCCCUUCGAGGAGUUCGUCAACGAGCCGCUCAACGACGUGCUGGAGAUGGACAAGGACUACACCUUCUUCAAGGUGGAGACGGAGAACAAGUUCUCCUUCAUGACCUGCCCCUUCAUCCUCAACGCCGUCACCAAGAACCUGGGUCUGUACUACGACAACCGCAUCCGGAUGUACAGCGAGCGGCGCAUCACCGUGCUCUACAGCCUGGUCCAGGGCCAGCAGCUCAACCCCUACCUGCGGCUCAAGGUGCGCCGGGACCACAUCAUCGACGACGCCCUCGUCCGGCUGGAGAUGAUUGCCAUGGAGAACCCUGCAGACUUGAAGAAGCAGCUGUACGUGGAGUUUGAGGGAGAGCAAGGCGUUGAUGAAGGUGGAGUUUCCAAAGAGUUCUUUCAGCUCGUAGUGGAGGAGAUCUUCAACCCUGACAUCGGAAUGUUCACAUACGACGAGGCCACUAAGCUGUUCUGGUAUAACCCGUCGUCUUUGGAGACGGAGGGCCAGUUCACUCUCAUCGGCAUCGUCCUGGGCCUGGCUAUUUAUAACAACUGCAUCCUGGACGUGCACUUUCCCAUGGUCGUCUACCGCAAGCUGUUGGGCAAGAAGGGAACUUUCCGCGACCUCGCAGAUUCCCAUCCGGUCCUGUACCAGAGUCUGAGAGAGCUGCUGGACUACGAGGGCAGCGUGGAGGAGGACAUGAUGAUCAGCUUUCAGAUCUCCCAGACCGACCUGUUCGGGAACCCCCUCAUGUACGACCUGAGGGAGAACGGCGACAAAAUACCCGUCACCAACGAGAACAGGAAGGAGUUUGUUGCUCAGUAUGCGGACUACAUGCUGAAUAAAAGCGUGGAAAAGCAGUUCAAGGCGUUCAGAAGAGGCUUUCACAUGGUCACAAACGAGUCGCCUUUAAAGUAUUUAUUUCGGCCCGAGGAAAUUGAGCUGCUUAUCUGUGGAAGCAGGAAUCUAGACUUCCUGGCACUUGAAGAAACGACGGAGUACGAUGGCGGCUACAGCAAAGACUCGCGCAUCAUCAAGGACUUCUGGGAAACGGUGCACUCCUUUGGGGAGGAGCAGAAGAGGCUGUUCCUGCAGUUCACCACAGGCACAGACCGAGCCCCGGUGGGGGGGCUGGGCAAGCUGAAGAUGAUCAUCGCGAAGAACGGCCCGGACACGGACAGGUUGCCCACGUCUCACACCUGCUUCAACGUGCUCCUGCUCCCGGAGUACGCCAGCAGGGAGAAGCUGAGGGAGAGACUGCUCAAAGCCAUCACUUACGCCAAAGGGUUCGGCAUGCUGUGAGCUGGGGAAGCACAGAGACCGCACGCUGCAGACCACGGAAACAGGAGGAGAGAAACCAACAACAACAUCAAGAUGAGAGUGGCGGGGGAAAGAUAAAGGAAGGGAAGAGUGUGAGCAGUGGAGCUCCGACAGCCUCGUGUACCCCCCCGCGCGCCCCCAGCCCCCCCCCCCCCCCACCGGCCGUGUAAACGGUUCUAGCCGCGACCUGCUUGGAACCACAUUGAACUCACCUAUGAUCAAACACUUUGUUUUUUUUUUUUUUUUUUUGGGGGGGGGGUCCCUUCGCUUCUGACUUUGUUACAUAUCCCCUCCCCCCCUUUUUGUCUGUACAGAGAGAUUUUUUUUCUUUGCUAUUUAUUUUACGGGUUAAAUCAGAGCAGUUCUUUCGAUGUCCCUGGAGCUCACUUUUUAACAUCUUUUUUUGUGUGGGGUGCGGGAGGGGCGGGGACAGACGAUAGGACAAAGACAGUAUUUGUAAGGAAAAGAAAUGGAAUAGGGGAGGGGGGGGGCAUGCGGUGGGGAAUGUAACCUAGUAGUCUCCAGCUCUCUCUGAGGCAGGCAGCUCUGUCCCAGGUAACCCAGCUUGUUUAAAAAUGCUGCUGUCAGAAGUUCCACCGAUCUCCCACAGAGCCAGUGAGCGAUGGGGGAAGGGAGUCCGCCAAACGCACCUUCACCGCCAUUCACUCCUCCCUGGUCUCGCGCACAGCCGCCACUGACUGACCACGGAAAAAAAAAAGUUCCGCGUGGUCAUUUUGGCCUUUUACGGUUCCUGUUUGCUAAAGGGAAUGAGAGGACUUCUGUAAGAGGGUGUGUUCUUCUGUCCUUCUCUCCAGAGGGGGAAAAAAAAGAUGUGUUUUCAGCCCUACUGCAGGAGUCGCAGAGUGAAGAGAUUGAUGUGUUGUUGUCUUGCGUGUGAAAGUGCACUUAAGAAAAUUCAGAAUGUUAGUGAAGUGUACUAUUUACUGCCUGUUACCAUAAUGGUUUUUUUUUUCUUUUUUCUUUUUUUUGCAAACAUCAAUCGGAAGUCUUCCUUGUUUACCAGCAGUGAUUUAUUUAAAGGCACCCAGGGGUCAAAAAAAAUUAGGUGAAGUGUUGUUGUUUAGAUGUACCGCCAAAAUAUAUCUCUCCCACAAGGGCUGUUGAAAUGAUAUGCUUGGUAGGUAUAACUGCACUCACCUUUCCUGCGGUUCAUUUUCGAAAACGUGCCCUCUCUCAGACCUUAAAAUGUCGUUUGAAUCUCCAGUUGCCCAUACAUGUGAAAUUACUGUUUUAGGAGAGGACAGCGCUACGUGCCAAUUUGAGUUUGAGACGAAGGCUGCCAGAAUAUAUAUAUAUAUAUAUAUAUUCACUGUGUUUCUCAAGGGAUCUCCAUUUAUCACACAGCUGCAACGGAAAGACACCGUUUUGGCAACCUUUGCUGCUAUGUUUGGCUGGUGUCCUACUGCUUGAUUUGCAUUGAAGGUGUCUUGUGCUGAGAGAAUUGGCUUCCAAAGCUUUGACCCGCAUAUAUUUUGAAUUGUUAAGAAAAGGUGUUUGUCUUUCUACAGUUCAGACGGCAAAACUUAACUCAUGCUUUUUUUUGGAAAGAUUUAAUAAGGAAUGUCUUUUUUUAGGACUGUAGAUAUUAAAUAUUUUGAAAGCCAAUGGUGAAAUGCCAUCUACA